AUGUCCAUCAAAGGUAUCAUGCCUGAAGACCGUUCUUCGAAACGACGGAAACUCAGUCAUGGCAUGGACAAUGACGAUUUCGAUAUCUUGGAGAAUUCGAUUAGUGCUGACGACACCCCAGAAGCUUCUCAAGAGGUCAAUGAAAUUAUAUCACCACCGAAAAACCAACCUUCCAGAACCGGUCCCAAACCUAAAAGGAUUUCUGCAGCAAAUCCCACUGUUUUGCCCACUGGUGGAAUCAGCAAGUCAGCCGUUCUUGCUCUACAGGUUGCGGAUUUAGUUGCCGAGGCUACACCAAACUACGCAAGACUUCAACCGAAAUGGACCAAAUUUUCAAAUCAGCUGGUCGCCAUUAUCACUCAGAUACCGGAACAUUCCCCGGCCACGGCUGUUGAUGCGUUGAAAUCCUUCCGCAAGCAAGGAAUCCAAAUCCCCUUCCCACCCCCUCAGCCAUCAAAAGACACAAACUACAAAUUCGAAUUCAAGCCUCCAAAGCAAGUCAUGGUCGGUGGACCACUGCCUUGGGAACUGAGUCUCCAGGGCGAAAAAAGGAUUGAAAUCACAGCCGUUAUGCCCGAAGACAUUCUUCAGGAAAAGGACUAUCUCAACAACAGAGCAUUUCACAAAGCCGCUUUCUAUCUCGCGUGCAUUGCAGCCACGAUCAAGGAAGGUGAGGGUGACAACUUCGAUUUGGCCUUUGCACAGCUCUUCGACGUGGAUCUCUUGCCUAUCAUUGAAAUUGUCCCAAGAGAAGAGCCUUUGGCAGGGUUCAAGUUUAAAAUUGGCGUUGGUUUCCCAGGACAGUCUAUACCAAUGGCAAAGACCUUGCCGAACAAGAAUUGCCUCCGGCAAGGAAUGUCAGGUGAUUCAACUCCAAGCGACCAGCCUACCCCUUUUUACAACAGCUGUCUCCGAUAUGCAGCAUCGAUCCCCAUUGUUGACGAUAUCAUCCAGUCGACAAAAAGCCCGGCAUUUAAUGAUGCAUGCCGCCUUGGGCAACUCUGGCUAAGACAGCGAGGGUUCUCCAGUUCAACCCGGUUUGGAGGCUUUGGCUUUCUGGAAUGGUCACUGACGUGUGCGUUGUUGCUUCGCGGAGGCGGUCACCGAGACCAUCCGCUGUUCUCAAAGCAAUAUAGCGGCCUUCAACUUUUCAAGGCCAUGCUUCAAGUCCUCGCUGGGCGAGAUUUGCGGGAUCCGAUGGUCCUUAAUGGCUCAAGUCUCGAUAUCCCGCGUUCAGAGCUGCCAGUGCUGUUCGAUGGAAAGACGGGGGUGAAUAUCUUAUACAAAAUGUCUCCUUGGUCAUAUCAAUCGCUCCGUCAUUACGCGCAAGUGUCUCUGGCUGCGGUCAACUCUCGAAACCAUGACAGCUUUGACUCAACCUUCAUACUCAACGUGUCAACACCGUUAUUGGAAUACGAUGAGCUGUUUACUGUCAGCGUCCCUACCGGAAUCUUUAACACGGCAGCAGAGCAACGGCAGCUCCUUCACCAAAUGCACCGCACAUUAGUGCGAGGCCUAGGAGACAGGGUCACUCUAAUUGUUUUCAAGCUACCCCAGCAGGAGAGUUGGUCUUUUAACCACUACCCAAGUCUCAGCGAAGCGCAUUUUGAAUUUGUGAUAUCAUUACUCAUCAAUCCCGAGACUGUCGCACGUCUGGUGGACCAUGGUCCGUCCGCAGACCAACCAGAAGAAGCAGCAGAAUUCCAAAAGUUUUGGGGAGAGAAAGCGGAGCUACGCCGAUUCAAGGAUGGAAGCAUAUCUGAAAGCUUGGUGUGGGCUUCAGGAACUCCCGUCACUCUGCAAAUUAUCUCUCAUCUUACUAUGCGACAUUUCAAAUUGCCACCCGGCUCCAUCCAAAGGCAGGAAUGGGAUUUCAUAUCUGACAUCCUGGAGGAGGACAUCUCUGUGAGUGCCAAAGACGGCUUCCGAAUCGUCAACUCGGCCUUUCAGACAUUGUCUUCGACCUUGCACAGUCUUGAAGGCCUUCCGUUGCCGAUCAGAUCAAUCUCUCCAGCCGGACCGGCUCUCCGUUCGUCCUCCACUGGUCAUCCACUUCGCCCGCCCACAACAUCUCCAAUAGACAUCCUCAUCCAAUUUGACACUUCUACGAGAUGGCCAGACUCUCUCCCGGCGAUCCAACAUACCAAAAUAGCGUUUCUCCUCAAGUUGGCCGACCUUCUCACAGCAUCAAAUUCAGACCUCAACACCCGCGUCGGUCUUGAGAAUACCGACUCUGCCAAGGAGGGAUACUUCAACACCUCAUUCCUUGAUAUUAUCUACCCUUCUCCGGCCCCAGGCCUGAGCUCCAUCUGUUUCCGAGCGCGAAUCCAUCACGACCGGGAAGUCCAUCUCCUCCAAACGGCCCUCGCCGACAAAUCCCUGCACGGCGCCGUCCGAGACACCCUCACCACGGCCCUGGCAGCCGACAAGCGCGAUUUUCUCGCCCAACCCACCCACACAACUGCAAUCCGGAACCUCAGUACGCGCUUUCCGCCCCUGUCAAACACGAUCCGCCUUCUCAAGAAAUGGGUCUCGUCCCAUCUUCUUCUCGCGCACAUUCCAGAAGAAAUCCUCGAGAUGGUCGCCGCACACAUCUUCCUCCAUCCGUCACCAUGGUCCAUCCCGGGCUCAUCAACAACCGCCUUCCUCCGCUGCUUGCACCUGCUUUCCCGUUGGGACUGGGCCUUUACGGCUCUGAUCAUCGACCUGAGCCUCUCGCAGGACAUGAGCGCAUCGCAAGUCUCGGAAAUUGAAACCCGGUUCCAAGCCUGGCGCAAACUCGAUCCCAACAUGAACAACGUCGUCUGGCUCGUCGGCACCAACCUCGACACAACAGGCACAGUGUGGACGCAAGGCAGCCGUCCACCUCGCGUCGUGGCAGGACGGCUCGCAGCCCUCGCGCGCGCGGCCGUGCAAGUUAUCGAAACCCAAGGUUCGAAGAUGGAUGACUCGGACUGGCGCCGUCUUUUCAUCAGCCCGCUCUCGGACUUUGACUUCCUGAUCCACAUCAAACCGUCCGUGCUGAGGUCGUACAGGCCCCGGUCGAAGUCGAAAUCAAAGUCUGAUAAAAUUAACGGCGGUUCUGAAUUCAAGAACCUCCAGAUCCACGACGCCCUGGAUUCUGCGUCCAUCGGCUACGACCCGGUCGUAUCGUUUCUGCGCGAUCUCAAAACGGCGUUCGGCUCGGCGGCUCUGUUCUUCCACGAGACUUCUGGCGGAAGCGUGGUCGCCGGGCUGUGGAAACCUAGUGUCCUUGGGAAGAAAGAGUGGCGCAUUAGAUUGGGUUGGUCGAGCGUCCCGGUCUCGGCAGAGAAGGGUCGUCGUGAAAAGGAUGAGGAUGAGGACCAGGGAGAACGUAAAGAUAUGUGUGUGUUAAAUAAAGAUGGCAUGCUGGCGGAGAUUGCGAUGCUGGGGGAUGGUAUUGUAAAAGAGAUUACGGUGAAGGCGUGA